AAGCGGCGGGAGGAGGCGAAAGGGGCAGGAGGAGGCGGCGGCGGUGGCGCCGGAGCGGCCUCGCUGACUCUGAUGCUCAGCAAGUGACCUCUCUCCAGCUGCCAAGAUGGUAAUAAACGUCUGUCUCCCACAAUUCAAGCCAAGAAUUCACUGCAACAAGAUCUCUGCCGAUGGCUACGAGGUGGAGAACCUGAUCUCCGAGGACCUGGCCAGGAGGAACCGCGGCUUCCGCAGCGAGUACUUCAUCAAACCCCCGGUGCACGUCACCAUCUCCUUCCCCUUCAACGUGGAGAUCUGCAGGAUCAACAUUGACGUCUCCUCUGGGGGCUACCAGACCUUCUCUGGCCUGGAAGUUUACACCUCUACCUCAUGCAACAAAACCUCUUGGCAGAGCCCUGAGGGGCAGUGCUCAGGUCUGGCCGGGCAGCCUGUGUCGGACAAAGACACCUUCACCCUGGUGGGCAAAGCUGUCUUAAAAAAUCAGAGCAAAGUGACUUUUGGCCACAGAGGCUUCAAGCCAAGGCCUCCCUUCCAUCAGAUGGAAAAUGUUUUCUCCUACCCCGGCUCGGUGUCCCAAGAUCUCUGGAACAAAGGGCCAGCCUCGCUCAGCAACGUGUCCCACCUCAAAAUCUGCAUCACCCACGUGGCCGGGGGGGGCCUGCCCAGCAUCAAGAGGCUGGAGGUGUGGGGACAACCUGCCAAGUCCUGCCCACAGGAGGUCAUCGAGGGGGUCUUCCAGGUGGCCUCCCAGUUCCUGGCCCAGGACGUCGGCAGCCUCAAGCCGGAGCUCUGGACGCCGAUGGAGAGCGACUGCGUCCCCUUCAGUGCCAACGAGCAGCAGACCCUGCACAAGCUGGUGGACGUGGUCCAAGACAUCCCUGAAGAAUUCCUGGACCCCAUCACACUGGAGAUCAUGACUUUACCCAUGCUCCUGCCCUCUGGGAAAGUGAUUGACCAGAGCACCCUGGAGAAGUGCAACCGGAGCGAGGCGUCCUGGGGCCGCGUCCCCAGCGAUCCCUUCACGGGCGUGGCCUUCAGCCAGCACUCCCAGCCCCUACCUCACCCCACCCUCAAGGCCAGGAUAGACCACUUCCUGCUGCAGCACAGCAUCCCUGGCACCAACCUGCUGGGGAGGGCUCACUCCUCGGAGGGCCUGGUGCCCUCCUCCAUCACCAUGUCUUCUCUGAAAAGGAAAAUGGACUGCAUGGAUCAGGGCUCCCUGCAGCCGCCCUAUUUUUCUGCUACAAACUUACUUGUCACUUCUACCUCAGAGAACAGUGCUAAAAAAAUGAAAACUGACAGUGAUUCCCACUUGAUCCAGAUGGACUGUUCCACAGAGCUGGUGUCCCACGAGCAGAAGCUGUCGGAGAGCUUGGACUCUGCCCUGACCUCUGCUCUCAGCUCCAUGCCCUCCUUCACGGCCAAGCUGAUGAAGAGCCAGCAGCAGGCUCCAGGAGAGGGGGGCUGCAGCACGUCCUGGAGCCUGGGCACAGCCCUUGAGCACGGCAGGAGCAGCCAGAACCAGGGAUGUGCUUCCUGUGGCAAAUCCUUCUCCUGCUACUUCAAGGCCGAGCCCGUGUACCAGCUGCCCUGCGGGCACCUCCUGUGCCGGCCCUGCCUGGCCGAGCCCAGGGCUCCGGCAUCCCCCAUCCACUGCGGGAGCUGCAAGAGGGCAGCAGCCACUCACGACGUCAGGAGGGUUCAUUUCUGAGCCCGGGAGGACGAGAAGGAGCUGCUGCUGUGCCCCGUGUCCACAGGGAGCCGCCCAGGAGCCGCAGAGCGGAGGAGAGAGGACUCUGUCUAGUGGAGCUUUUGGGGGGGGUUAGAGCCCGAGGAUGACAAAAGCCAUAGCUUCUUUAUCAAGGAAUAUGUAUUUAUGCAGGACUGGUCUGCAGCACUGCCCCGGGGCUCAGAGGUUUAGCACAGGUGCCUUUUGGACCAGCUCAGCUUCCCAACCCCACCCCUGCGAGUUCACGCCACGUUUGACCAGCAGCCAGCCGGUUGUGGAGCAGGUAAAAGCCCUUGUGAGUGACAGCACACACAAACUCCCUCCUCUGACCUCCUCCCCUUGCCCACCUGGCCCUCCCCUCUCUCAUCCUGGAAUGGGCGGUGGCUGAGGUGGGAGGAGCUGGCAGUGAUCUCACCCUGCUCAUCCAGACUCUUGUAGAAAAGCCAUCCCAUCCCACCCUCUCGGUUUAUGUCGU